AGGGCAGGGCGGCCCCUGAACUCGUGGGCGCGCGCGGAAGGUAGCGCGGGGCCGCGUUGGCGCGCACGCGCCUGAGCGUGCGCCCGGUGGGGCCGGCCGGGACUCGCCGCUCGCACGCCCUUGGGCAGCGGCCGGGCGCCCGCUCUUCCUUCCGCUUGCGCUGUGAGCUGAGCCGGUGUAUGUGCGGCAAUACCAUGUCAACCCCGCUCCCCGCCAUCGUGCCCGCCGCCCGGAAGGCCACCGCUGCGGUGAUUUUCCUGCAUGGAUUGGGAGAUACUGGGCACGGAUGGGCAGAAGCCUUUGCAGGUAUCAGAAGUUCACAUAUCAAAUAUAUCUGCCCGCAUGCGCCUGUUAGGCCUGUUACAUUAAAUAUGAACAUGGCUAUGCCUUCAUGGUUUGAUAUUAUUGGGCUUUCACCAGAUUCACAGGAGGAUGAAUCUGGGAUUAAACAAGCAGCAGAAAAUAUAAAAGCUUUGAUUGAUCAAGAAGUGAAGAAUGGCAUUCCUUCUAACAGAAUUAUUUUGGGAGGGUUUUCUCAGGGAGGAGCUUUAUCUUUAUAUACUGCCCUUACCACGCAGCAGAAACUAGCAGGUGUCACUGCACUCAGUUGCUGGCUUCCACUUCGGGCUUCCUUUCCACAGGGUCCUGUUGGUGGUGCUAAUAGAGAUAUUUCUAUUCUCCAGUGCCACGGGGAUUGUGACCCUUUAGUUCCCCUGAUGUUUGGUUCUCUUACGGUUGAAAAACUAAAAACAUUGGUGAAUCCAGCCAAUGUGACCUUUAAAACCUAUGAAGGUAUGAUGCACAGUUCGUGUCAACAGGAAAUGAUGGAUGUCAAGCAAUUCAUUGAUAAACUCCUACCUCCAAUUGAUUGACGUCUCUAAGAGGCCUUGUGUAGAAGUACACCAGCAUCAUUGUAGUAGAGUAUAAACCUUUUCCCAUGCCCAGUCUUCAAAUUUCUAAUGUUUUGCAGUGUUAAAAUGUUUUGCAAAUACAUGCCAAUGACACAGAUCAAAUAAUGUCUCCUCAUGAGAAAUUUAUGAUCUUUUAAGUUUCUAUACAUAUGUUCUUAUAAGAAGAUCCAGAAUCUACUAUAUUAAAAUAGAUGAAGCAGGUAGCUUCUUUUUUCUCAAAUGUAAUUCAGCAAAAUAAUACAGUACUGCCACCAGAUUUUUUAUUACAUCAUUUGAAAAUUAGCAGUAUGCUUAAUGACAAUUUGUUCAGGUAGAAAUGAGCAGUUAAGGUAUAAACAAUUUAUGCAUGCUGUGACUUAGCCUAUGGAUUUAUUCCAAAAUUGCUUAGUCACCAUGCAGUGUCUGUAUUUUUAUAUAUGUGUUCAUAUAUACAUAAUGCUUGUAAUGCAUAGUAAGAAUGAGGUGGUAUUACAUUAUUCCUAAUAAUAGGGAUAAUGCUGUUCAUUAUCAAGAAAGAGUAAAAUUGUUCUCUUCAAUUAAUGGCCCUUUUAUUUUGGGACCAGGCUUUUAUUUUCCCUGAUAUUAUUUCUAUUUAAUACUCCUUUUUCUCAAGAAAAAAAAAAAGUUUGUUUUUUCUUUAUUGUUCUUCAUAGCAGACCAAGUAUUGCCUCUCUGCCAUAGACAGCUACUGUCAAUAUAUGCUAUAAUUUGACCUUCUGGGUCACAGAUAUACAGUAUUUAAAAUCUAUUUAUGCUUUAUAGAGAAACCAGACAUUAAAACUUCAUGCACUACUUAUUUCAAAUUACUGUACCUUAUCCAAAUUUACACCUAGCUAUUAGGAUCUUCAACCCAGGUAACGAAUAAUUCUAUGGUUUUAUUUUCCUGUAAACAACUGAAAGAGUAAUUAGAUCAUAUUCUAGUAUGUUCUGAAAUAUCUUUAAGACUGAUCUUAAAAACUAACUUCUAAGAUGAUUUCAUCUCAUGGCAUACAGCUUACUUUGUACACAUGUUUGAAACCAACUACUAUAGAAGAUGAGGAAUCUAUUGUAAUUUUUUGCUUUAUUUUCAUCUGCCAGUGGACUUAUUUGAAAUUUUCACUUUAGUCAAAUUAUUUUUUGUAUUAAUUUUUCAUGUAAACAUAAAAAUAGCAAUCAUUUUAAAUUGUCAAAAUUUCCAGAUUACUGGUAAAAAUUAUUUGAAAACAAACUAUGGGUAAUAAAGGCUAGUCAGAACCCUAUACAUAAAAUGUAGUUACCAUACAGAUUAAUAUGUAGCAAAAAUGUAUGCUUGAUAUUUCUGAACUGUGUUAAUUUUUCUGCCGUAUUCCACCUGACCAAAACAAUAUUAAGAAUGCAUCUUUAUAAAUGGGUGCUAAUCGAUAAUGGAAAUAAUUUAGUAAUGGACUAUAUGGGAUGUUAACAAUGAAGCCAUAUGUUUGUCUGGAUUUUAAAAUUUUAAACAAUCAUUUACUAUGUCAUUUUUCUUUACCUUGAAGAAUAUAAACUGUUAUUUCAGUUCUACAAAUCAGCAAGAUAUUAUUUAUGGCAAGAAAUAUUCCAUUGAAAUGUGCUGUAACAUGGGAAAAUGUAAAUGUUUUUCAUGGUUUCUAUCAAUGUGAAAUAAAAUGUAAUUCUGACUU